AUGUGUGAUAAAAGAAAAAGGUUUAACUCCGCCUUGACUUUUGAAGAAUUUGUUGAUUAACAUAAUCAAUUACCAGAUACUCCUCAGCUUAAACCAAUUAAGCAGUCCACUCUCUUCAUACCAGAAUUAGAUUUAGCCAAUGAUGUCUCUCAAAAUUAGUUGAAUAUGCCUUUAUAAACAAUUUUGGAGGAAGAACCCACCAGUCCCAAAGAAAUAAUGAAAACUAAAAAGUCGAUAAGAAAAAGAUAAAGGUUCUUCAGUGAAAAUUCUCAAUACUCAGUAAUUAAUAUAUUGGAGAGAAAACUACAGAAAAAGAAAACUCUCAUCCCUACUCCAUAGAAUUAUGAUUCCCUCUCUUAACCAAUCAUGAUUUGA